AUGGCAGCCAUUGUUGCGCUCGAGCGCCUCUCCGAAAUUGCGGUCGAAUCACAGGCUGUCGUUCUCAGCUUCGGCGACGGCGCCUUUGGAGCGCUAGGGCUCCAGGGGGAUGGCAUCCUUGAUGAUGCUUACUCUCCAACCCCCGUCAAUGGACUUCCGCCAGAUACCAUUAGUGUCGCCGCUGGACAUUAUCAUUCUUUUGCAAUCACCAAGGGGGGCCGGCUAUGGGCCUGGGGGAGAGACAAAGAGGGCCAGCUGGGGCGGGGGGUGAGAUCCGAUGCGAACACCGAGGAGCUCGUUUCUGCGACGGGUGACGCCAAUUCACUGAAGUUCUCCAGAGGUCAUCGUGACAGCGCAGCCCCGGUGUCCUCCUCCCUUCCCCAUCCAGUCUCUGGUCUAGAAGGCGUCCACGUGGCAAGUGCUGCUGGGUCCGGAGUAGCGUCCUUUGCUGUGGGAAACGACGGCUCGCUUUGGGCGUGGGGCAGCUCGCGACGGGGCCAGCUCGGACUGGGUUCUGAUACACUGGACAGCCCCACCCCACAGAGAGUGACGGCUCUUGAGAAGGAGACCGUUGUGGAGGUCGCCUGCGGGUGGGGCCACGCUGUCGCGCGCACCGCCGACGGCGCCGUCUUCGCAUGGGGCUAUGGGGCCAACUGCCGCCUUGGCUUCGACGUCGAAACUCCCAAACCCCAAACCCCGGCGCCGGUUACCCAAACCCUAAGCGUUGACGAAGCCGUGGAAGCGGAGAUCAUGGGCGAGCGGCAUAUGCCGAUCCAGUGGGAGCCGCGGCGGGUGGAGGCGCUGGCGGACGUGCGGGCGGUGCAGGUCGCGUGCGGGAUGGACCACACUCUAGUUCUAUCGGACCACGGGUGUCUGUAUACGUACGGAGACAACACGAACGGUCAGCUAGGUCGAGACAGUCAAUUAAACGGUCGUCGCAGCGCGCUCGUGCGGGGAGCGCUGCAGCCACUCUUCGUAUGCCACGUGGCAGCCGGGCUGAGCCACUCACUGGCUAUUGCGAGGCCCCGGGGCGACCACUUGCAGGGCGAAGAGAGUCUCGGCCCCUCUCAACUAUACAGCUGGGGCUGGAACGCUUCGGGCCAGCUCGGGCGUGACGCCGAGGAUGACGUGAGCGCGGGAUCCCCGGGCGAGGUGCUUCUGCCGGACGAUGACGUCAUCCCGGUCAUGGCGGCCGCAGGAAGGGCGCACUCAGUGGCGGUUGGUGACGUCACGGAGGGUUUUCGGGAGUGCUACGGGUGGGGAAGCGGGAGAAACGGACGCCACGGACUCGAACAUACCAGCGACGUGUCCGAACCGGAGCCCCUCGACUUGGGCCGCGAUCUAGUUGUCAAACAAGUGGCGUGUGGUUUCGACCACACUCUGCUACUCGUUGAGGGACCUAAGCAGAGCGAGGAAGAAGGCUAGAAAAAGUCUGGUGAGGCGACCCCAAAAGUCGUCGUUACAGUGCAUCGCCGGCCGUUCAAUCAGAGCUUGCGCUUAACUGCGCUUUUGACAAUAAAAAUCGUUUGGCAACGGCUAUUUGUUCGGUCCGUUUUAGAACAGUUUCAAAUAGAUGCUCGCCGUUGGUGCAGCAUAAAAUUGUGCCAGCCUGAGCGCUCAUGCGCCGGCUCGACUACGUGACAACUAUGUGGUCCAAAUUGUAUGUGCAAGAAAAGACGGCAUGGGGCAGAUCUCUGAACUGAACGUCUUUUUAGAAGUUGCCGUUGGAUUCAAUGAUUGCCCUCGCUGUAUUUCGCACGAAUCGGGACGAAAGCUAAGGAAG